GAGAUGAAUUCAACAAUAUUCACUUAUUUAACAGACGAAAAGUAGGACUAUUAAAAGCAUGGCGUUAUCUUAUGAUAGCAUAACUGUCGUAGUGAUUAACCCCUGAGGGCGAAAUUAAUGAAUUACAAAUUAGCUGGACACAUAAAAUCUUAGCCUACUCAGGUAGAGAGUAUUUUACCGCUGAAGAUCUGUCCACAUACCGUGUUGAAAACGUAGAUAAAGAAUUCUUAUAGAGAAAUUACAUGUAUUGUUUUGGAAAGACACUCGACGUACCCUAUGCGUAAAAGACUGUAGGCUACGACGCACAACUAAAAAUGGACCAGCAGAAAACGAUUGAAGGGCAUUUUACAAAAAUGAACAUUAUAUUUGAUGAAUGCUAAAUAUUAGAUCGUUUUCAUGAGUUGUUUUUGCAAUACAAAAAAUAACUGCAGCGUGUUAUGUCAAAGACCAGCGUCGGGAGGCACAACCAGUGAUGUAGGAAUCAUAAUCUGCGCAACGGACACACCUGUAAUCAACGGUCAAUAAAACAUACACAAGGUAACACUAAACCGGGCCAAUUAAACUCUUAAAUCAUUUAGCCAAUGCAACGUGUUGCAGGGAACAAACAAUAAACAGAUUCAUUUAGGAUAAAUUAUAUUUUGUUGCAUCAGGGGUGGAUACUGGGACUGACCGUUAUUCCCCAGGAGUUGCUCAUUUCCCUCCUCGGCACCAUUCGAGCAAGACAUGUCGCACUGUUUGGGUACCUGUCGUUUCAGCGAUGGCUGUUGACUGUCGGACUUUCGCCAGCUUCCAGCAAUUGUACUGAGUAGAUACAUCAAUUGUUUAAUGAAUGGAAAACGUUUAUCCUGUUAGUAUUUGAAAGAGAGGAGAGAAAAGUUUUGUGCAAACUUUUGGCACCUUCCCUCGGGAACGUCGCUAGUGACCGGAGCUGUCUCGCUUUUCCCCCUUUCUGUGCGUCUGGAACUUUCUGAUUCAUCGGAAGGAAAGAUGACUCUUCUCUGCACACUGGGGCUCGCAGCGGUCGUGCUUUUCGGAGUGGUAGACAGCAGGGGGAUUCUUGAGGGUCUACAGAGGUAUGGCCCCAUGCCUACCUACUUGCCCGUCAGCUACCAGGUCCUCAACGCCGAGGCUGCCUUCUUUCUGAAGGAGGCCAACCAGGACCUGAUGAGGAACUCCAGCCUGCAGGCCAGGACCGAGCCCUUCUUCAUCCAGCAGGCCCGCCGGAUUCCCUCCAUCAACGCCAGCUACGGACCCAUGUCUGUCCAGCAAACCAUCCCCCUGGAGCUCCUACAGAGCCCCGGACCCUUCAAUGGACCCUCUUUCACCUCCCCGUCAUCGUCCAUCUCCUCUUCUUCUCCGUCCCUUUUCACCUACAAUUGGAAGGUCCAGACCUUCAUCAUCAGUGAGAGGAUCCACCCCAGUUGGCCCAAAGUGCAGGUGUUGUUCUAUGUGGUGGGCAGGGACUGGGAUGACUACACCACCAUCCACAGGCUUCCCUGUGUCCGGAUGUUUGCCUUCCACGAGACCCAAGAGGUGCGGGGCAUGUGUCGUCUGAAGGGGGAGCUGGGGAUGUGUGUGGCCGAGCUGGAGCCCCUGGCUAGCUGGUUUAACCCCUCUACCGUGAGGCACGGCAGGCAGAGAGCUCCGGAGCAGGCCCAGGGCACCCCUGUGGAGCUCUACUACAUGGUACAGUUCACAGAGACUGGGGAGUGCAGCUCAGAGGACUUACGAAAGGGAAGUUCCAUGCGCACAGAGCACCAGGGGCCCAUGGGGUACUUCUCAGGGCCCACACCCAUGCAGCGUAUAGGGAGCGUGCGUCUGUUCCAGCCCAUGUCAGAGCUAAGGCUAGACAGUAACUUUGUGGUGAUGGUGCCCUCUAGACCAAUCAGACAGAGGGAGACGGUAUCCACCUUCCUGGCUCUCUCCACGCUGUCACCUGUACAGAUCUUCACCCUGAGGGUGAAGUUGAAGGAUGGCGUGGCGUUCCUGGGGGCGCGGGCCAGUAACCCAGUCCUGUGGACGGUGAGUCAGGACGUGAGGAGCGAGGGGCACAGGGUCGUCACUCUCCACUGUCACCGCAAUGAGAACACCUUUGGUCAGAGUCCCGGGGAGCUGCGUGCCCAUGCACUAACGCAGCUUAAAGGGAACAUUGCUGGAGUCUAA